AUGGCUUCUUCAACAACAAAAUCAAAGCCCAAAAAACAGAGAAACCCAAGUGAGGGAAGCAGUGAAGUUUUAUCUUCUGAUUAUGAAACUGGUCAAGAAAGUGGCCAUCAAAGUCCACCACUUUCAGACAAGCUUAAGAUUUUCAAAAGCUCUCAGUUUGAUCCCGAUGCUUAUCUCACAUCUAAAUGCCAAACCCUUAGCGAAAAAGAUAUAAGACGAUUAUGUAGUCAUCUUCAUGAUUUGAGGAAAGCUUCAGCAGAGGAAAUGCGUAAAAGCGUCUACUCAAAUUAUGCCGCUUUUAUCCGUACAUCAAAAGGAAUUUCAGAUCUUGAAGGUGAGCUUCUUUCUAUAAGAAACCUGUUGUCUAAUCAAGCAGCUUUAGUUCAUGGUUUAGCCGAUGGAGUCAAUGUGGAUGCAUUACCUACUGAUACAAAUGAUUCGACGUUGGAUGAUAUAGCUAACUUGGAACAGUCACAGUCCUCAAAAGUUGAAAAGUGGUGCUCAGAGUUGCCUGACGCUCUUGAAGUUUUAUUGGCCGAGAGAAGAGUCGAUGAAGCUUUACAUGCACUAGAUGAAGCUGAAAAUGUAGCCAAAGAAGCAUCUCAAAAGAAGACAUUGAAUCCUGCUGCACUCUUAUCGUUAAAAACUGCAAUAUCGGAACAUAGACAAAAAUUGGCCGACCAGCUUGUUGAAGCUGCUUGCCAACCCUCCACUCGCGGCGCUGAGCUUCGUGCCGACAUUUUAGCUUUAAAAAAGCUUGGGGAUGGCCCUCGUGCACAUACAUUUCUACUUAAUGCUCAUUACCGAAGGUUUCAAUAUAACAUGCAAAGUCUGCGUCCAUCAAGCACCUCAUAUGGAGGAGCAUUUACAGCUGUUCUUUCACAACUUGUGUUCUCAUCGAUCGCACAAGCAGCAGGUGACUCUUUAGCUGUAUUUGGUGAAGAACCAGCAUAUACAUCUGAACUCGUGACUUGGUCGAUUGAUCUGACUGAAACUUUAGCACUUCUUGUAAAGAGACAUGCAUUAUCUGCUUCAGUAGCUGCUGGAGGGCUAAGAGCUGCAGCCGAGUGUGUUCAGAUAGCGUUGGGUCAUUGCUCUUUGCUGGAAUCUCGUGGUUUGGCACUCUGCCCUGUAUUGUUGAGGCUUUUUAGGCCUAGUGUUGAACAGGCACUUGAUGCCAAUCUAAAAAGAAUUGAAGAAAGCAGUGCUGCGCUAGCUGCUGCUGAUGAUUGGGUGCUUACUUAUCCUCCUGUCGGUACACGUCCGUCUGGGAGGUCCGCAACUACAUCUAUUGGUUCUUUGAUAGCCUCCCAGCCUAAGCUUUCAAGUAGUGCCCACAGGUUCAACUCAAUGGUUCAGGAAUUCUUCGAAGAUGUUGGUCCAAUCAUUAACAUGCAGUUGGGAGGUACAACAUUGGAAGGUCUACUACGAGUAUUCACAUCAUAUGUGAACUUGCUGAUAACUGCACUGCCAGGUGGGAUGGAAGAUGAAGGGAACUUAGAAGGUUGCGAGAACAAAAUUGUUAGGAUGGCUGAAACUGAAACGCAACAGAUGGCUUUAUUAGCAAAUGCAUCUUUAUUAGCAGAUGAACUACUCCCACGAGCAUUCAUGAAACUCAACUCACAGAAUCAGGUUGGGGGAAAAGAUGAACUGCCUAGAGGAGCUUCAGACCGGCAAAAUCGUGGUCCAGAACAAAGGGAAUGGAAGAAGCGGCUUCAACGUUCGGUGGACAGAUUAAGAGAUACUUUCUGUCGUCAACAUGCCCUUGAAUUGAUUUUCACUGAAGAUGGUUUUACCCAUUUGAAUGCGGGGUCGUAUUUAAAUAUGGAUGGGAAUGUGGAAGAGCAUGAGUGGUUUCCAUCACCAAUAUUUCAAGAACUAUUUGCGAAAGUCAGUAGGAUGGCAACCAUAGCGGCUGAUAUGUUUGUGGGGAGGGAAAGAUUUGCAACUAUUUUAUUGAUGAGAUUAACAGAGACUGUAAUUAUGUGGCUUUCAAACGACCAAGCCUUUUGGGAGGAAGUUGAGUCGGGUCCAAGACCAAUGCGACCUCUCGGACUUCAACAGUUUUAUUUGGACAUGGAGUUCGUAACUCUUUUUACAUCCCAAGGCCGCUACUUAUCUCGUAAUCUUCACCAAGUAAUCAAGGACAUAAUAGCUAGAGCAUUGGAAGCAUAUGCUACAACUGGAGAAGAUCCGUAUAGUGUAUUGCCAGAAGAUGAAUGGUUUGCUGAAGUUGCUCAAAUAUCAAUCAAAAUCAUGACUGAUAAAGCUAAGUAUGGAAAUGGAGAUCGAGAUGUUGAAAGCCCAACUGCUUCCAUUUCAGCGCAAUCCAUUUCCUCAGUUGUAUCUCAUGGGAGUUCCUAAGAAUCGUGUUUUCCCUAGCAACACACAGUAUUAGCUUCUUUUUCUUUCAUAA